GGAGGAGGGCAAUCCCUGCUUUUAUUUUUCUUUCCAGACGGCCACAGUUGAGCACAAAAACAAACUUGCACCAGACGAGCUUUGGGUUCAACACUUUGCGCACAAUGUCCUCGUCUGAAAAGGAGGAACUGAAGACUUUUAUCUGAAGACAUUUCAUCCUUUUUAUUUUUAUUUUUCCAUUGUUGAAAAAAAAGGGGAAGGGCUCUACAAAGAAAAAAACAACAACAACAACCAUUUGGAAAUGAAGUUAUGCGUCAGAUAGUGCGCACUUUACCAUGAAACUUUAACAUGUUGGAUCACCUCGCCUUUGUUGUUGUAGGUUUAAUUUCCUUUGUUGGUGUCAGUUCUUCAGAAUUCACUGUGACCAUGUGUCGUGGAUAAACACUUUGAAGCGCACACAAAAACAAACCUGUGGAGGUAAAGACUUGAGACAGCAUGGGGGCCAAGCAGAGCAGCCCGGUGUUCGAUGGCAGGACUCGGGCUUAUUCCAGCUCUGAUCUCCCCUCUGGAAACUCCAGCGGAGUUGGGAGGAUUGCGGGGUUCAGGUACACCAAUGGACCAGAUGGGCCCCGGAUCCGGUACACGGGUGGAGGGCCAACCAGCUCCGGGCUCAGUAUACCGGCCGGCGGCAGAUCAGGGUCGCACAAUCAGAGUCUGGAUGGUGACGAGGAGAGCGAGCUGCCUCCUGAAGGCCACAGGCUGCUUAUAGGCUCUCUACCUGCUCACCUUUCUCCUCACCUGCUGGGAGGCUUCCAUUGUCCUGUUUGCUCCAAGUUUAUGGCGUCGGAUGAAAUAGAGAAGCACCUGCUCAUGUGUUUCAGCAAAACGCGCCUCACCUACAACAAGGACAUCCUGUCCAGAGACUCUGGGGAAUGUGCCAUCUGUUUAGAAGAGCUGGAGCAGGGAGACACCAUUGCCAGGCUGCCCUGCCUCUGUAUCUACCAUAAAGGGUGUAUAGACGAAUGGUUUGAGGUGAAUCGCUCGUGUCCGGAGCAUCCCACCGACUAGGAGCUGCAGGGGUACUGUUUCGGUCAAUUGUACAGUCGACUGUGUGCCCUGACCCCAUCCCAACACUGUCUGUUCCAGCCGAGCAUCAGCGCUGCUCAGGGAUUGUGAGACAAUAUUGUGCACAGGAUUUUUCAUAUUGCCUCAUGGAAUAGCGAUAUACUUUGGAUAUGUUUCUCUAGACGUUGUGGGAUGUUCAAAAAACCACUGGUCGAGUCAUUUAGUCUCCAGAAAAUAUGUGAAUGUUCCUUAUGCCACCUUCUGGUCUCAAGUGGGUUCAUGCAACCUGGAAUCUGAACUGAACUGUUUUGCUGAACCGGGUGUGGUUUUAUAGCAGAGGACUUGUUUAACCAACAUGACGGGAGAGUUACGUCUCUUUUCAGCAGAGAUUUUGAUUGACAGACUGUUCCGACUUGAUCAGAAGGCUGAAGGCUGAUGUUGUGCAAUGUGAAAAGCAGCCAUUCAGAAUUAAAAAUGCCUUUUUCAGCUUUAAGAGAUGAUUACAGUGUUGAUGGUAGUGAGGAAAUAGAUCUUAUUUUUAUUGUGAAAUUGGCAAAAUCAUUUUUUUGUAAAACAAUCAUGUUUCCUAGACCAAAUAGUCUAACGUGAAAUAGUUGGACUUUGUCAAUCACUUGUCCGUUCAGAACCACAGUAAUGUGAUUGUAUAGUUUAGUGGUGAAAUUAAGGAUAGGCUAAAACACAUCUAAUAAUGAUUCAUACUCUAAGGAGUGCCAUAAUAUGCUGCUAUGUCAUAGACUGGAAUGUUUUCUUGUAACCUUUUGAACCUUUGUUUAUUGUUCUUUCUAUUUGUACUGUAAUGAAUUGCACAAUAAUAAAUGUUUUGUCUUUUUGUCUCUGUACUGCA